CGAGUGGACUGCAGCUCCGGAUGCUGUGUAUGCAUGAGGGGAAGAGAGAGGAGGGACUGCUGUUGCCUCUCUGAGCCCGGGUCUGCAGGUCCGCCUUGCCUCUGCAGUGGAGACAGGAAGAAUCCCUCAGAGACAGAAGAGGGAAAGGUUGAAACUGGAAGGAAGGAAAAAAGCGACGGUCAGAAAAGCAGUCUAGAGAGAAUAGAAGAGCGACUCAAUAUUUUGCAACAAAUGACAGGCUCUUCUUGUCUCUAAAGAACAGAUGCACUGUGUUCGACUCCCUCCUCCAGAUGUCUGCAAUGUGGACUAGUUAGAUCCGGAGCCUGCCAUCAAGAAGAACAAGACUAUCUGCUAACAUUUAGAGAAAGAGGGAGAGUCGAUGACACUGAAAAACACAAAUGAUGGACAAGAAAAGUGCAAAUGGCUUUUCCGCCAAGCCUUCUGAGAAUGGGGGACAGAGGAAACAGCUGCCUUAUUCUGUGGAGACACCCUACGGCUUUCACCUGGAUCUGGACUUCUUAAAAUAUGUAGAUGACAUUGAGAAGGGUAAUACCAUCAAGAGAGUGCAUAUACAAAGAAAGAACAGGGGGCCAAAAUAUAGCACACUGCCACGCAACUUCAGCCUUCCUGGACAUGGUUCAAGACCUGCAGCCAAAGACACAUGGUCUAACACCUCCACCCUGGGAUCCAAGCCCAAAUCACGUGUUACUGAAGUCCAGCAACUUUUUGAUUUCAGAGCCAGCACUGACAAUGCUAGCAGCAGCAGUAGCAUCCAAAGCAGCCCUACUGGUCAAUCAAAUGUGCAAGGUAGCAGCUACCUCUCUUCCACUCAAACUGUGGAUCAGGUCCAUAUUCAGGCUUCCCAAGACCAACAGGCUUCUCUGAGCCUUAAUGUGAGGCCUCACUUGUUUCGGGCCUCCAGCAUGCCUGUUAAUGUCCCGCACAGGAAAGCCUCAGACUCUACCGAUGAGCAGAGCUGUCAAUCACAGAAUGGCUCGACUGAAAAACUAUUUCGCCCUGUGGAUGGUAGUGACAGAAGAGGGAGUAUUCCUCAAGACAGGGCGAGCCUGCAUCAACAGAUAACAGCGGCACUGAAACGAGUGCGCGAACUGGAGGAUCAGGUCAGGACGAUCCCUGAGCUAAAGGCUCAGAUUUGUUCCCUUAGAGAAGAGAGGGAACAACUACUUCAGAGAAUUCAAACACAGUCUCAGGUAAAGAGUCUGCCAGAGAAAGAGUCAAGUGAAAAAUCCCAGCCAGAAUCCCAAGAAAGUAUUAACCUUCCUUCAGCAACAAAACAGCAAGAAGCUCCAUCCCUUUCCCAGGAUACUGUGAGUGACAGUCAUAGUAAAAUUCCAGAAAUAGAGUCAACUGUAGAUAAGCUGGCCCAGAACCUUGAAGGGCCACCAGCUUACACAGUUUUGGGAGAAGAACCAGUUUCAGGUGUGGUCUCUGUUCCAGUGAUACUCAUUGAAAAAGCUGAAAGUCCAACUGAUUCAGAAGAAUCUGAGAGAAUGUUGGAAGAGUCUGAGCAUGAGGCUGAAGUAUCAGAAAAGCUUCUGGAACAAGGAUUAGAAGAAUGGGAGGAAAAGCCAGAGACUUCAUCAGAAGAUAAAGAGUCUGACCAAACAAUAGAGUUUUCCAUAACAGAAGAAAAAGGUGCUAUAUCUGAAGGCACAGUGCCUCAAGAUGAACCUGAAAAAACAGAAACAAUUGAUCAAUCUGUUGUAGAAAAUGAAAAACUGGCCUCCACAAUAAACGAAGAAGAUAUUCUCACGAUCCAAGAACUCCAAGAAAAAGUCAAGACAUUGGAGGAAAGAUUAAGGCAGGUCAACUGUAAUCUGGAAACAACAAACUCCUUACUGAGAGUACAGAUGGAGGAGAAUAGACAAAAGGAUGUAACAAUUCAGGAGCUAAGUGAAAAAGUAAAGGAACCCAUUGCAGUCAGUGUGGAGCAAGAGUCGGAGGUUCCGCCAGAGACUGAGCCACUUCAACACAUUAUUACUUGUGAUGCAUCAGUCAAUACUGACAGCAAGCAUGUGUUAGAAAAAGCAGUCCUAACAGAUAUUAAUCUUAAAUCUACUGAUGGUAUCAAAGAACCAGACCAAAUGUGCUGUAGUACUCAAACAAAUGUAGUUGAGAUGCGAGAAAUUGAGGUGUUAGCACAGGUGAUGAGAUCUGAAAAAGUUGUGGGUGUGGAAAUUGUUACAUGUGACCAAGCAACUGAAACAGAUGCAUCUGAAAAUAGUGUGAAGGCCAAAGAAAUAAAAGAGCUUGAACCUGCAGAUGAAAAACACAGUGUAGAUAGGGAUGAUGUAGAGAAAAUGAGUGAAAGCAUGAUCAUUGAGAAUGAUGUGGCUGAAGAAUAUGUUAUAGUAGAAAAGACUGAAGGCGAUUUGGUUGGAAAGGUACCCAAAGAUAAUGCAAAUGUAAAGUCCUUGGCCAGGGAAAAUGAAUUGUUGGAGAAUGUUGAAACUGUGGGAAUAGAAACCAUAAAAGCAGGUACAAGCACAGAUGAACCAUUACAGCAAGACCAAAAGCAACCACAAGGACAAGACAUUCAGCCUCAACCUCAGAAGCCCGCUGAAGCUUCAGCAUCACCUGCAGCCAUAGGCCAGGUUGUCACUCGGAUCCAAGGUCUUCUGAAUGAACAGUGGGCCAGUCUGGGGAGUGGGAGUCAGGAACCAAAAGGAGAGGGCUCACAGAAACAGCCAGUUUCAAAGAUCAGCUCCAUCCAGAGUCACCUUCGAGGCUCACUUAGUGCCCUUUCAGCCUUUUAUUCUCCUGUUCAAAAAGGAGGUGCAGCAAAACAGUCAGGCCUUAAAUCUAUCAUGAAGAAGAAUGACUGUCCUGACAAGCAGGGGGCUGCAGGAGCCAAGAAAAACCUGAAAUUUGUUGGUGUAAAUGGAGGCUAUGAGACAACCUCCAGUGAGGAGUCCAGUGGGGAGGAGAAUGAGGAGGAGGAAAAGGAGGAGGAGGUGGAUAGCUCGGAGAUGGAGGAACAGGCAGAGGAGAGUGGAGUGACCCAGGAGGAGGUGGAGGAGGAGGCUGCUACUACUGGGGAGAAGGCUGAAGAUACUCAGGCAGGGGGGUCCCAGGGUUCAGUAGAGCCUAAAGACCCCCAGGCUAGUGUUGAUCCCCAGGAGGAGCAGCCCAGCAGUGAAAUUGUAGAUAAAAACUUCAUGGCUGCCUGUCAGUACCUAAAGGACCGAAUGGCAGAGGUUGCUACUCCAAACAAAGAGAUGAGGCAGGUUCUGAUGGUGCUCUAUCAGGAAUGGUUCCGUGUAUCCAGUCAGAAAGAGUCCCAGGCAGAUACAGUCACUGUGUAUCUGAGGGAGGUUGGAAAUCACACCCCCACUCUCCUGCGCUAUAUAGUUAACCUGGCUGAUGGCAACGGCAAUAUGGCCUUACACUACAGUGUCUCCCACUCCAACUUCCAAGUCGUCAAGCUCCUGUUGGAUACCGGGCUUUGUGAAGUGGAUCAUCAGAAUAAAGCCGGCUACACGGCGAUCAUGUUGGCAGCUUUGACUGCAGCAGAAGGACCUGAGGACAUGGAGGUGGCCCAGCACCUACUGAGCCUGGGCAACAUCAACGCUCAGGCAGGCCAGUCUGGUCAGACAGCACUGAUGCUGGCGGUUAGUCACGGGCGUACAGCGAUGGUGCAGGUUCUUCUCGAAUGUAAAGCAGAUGUGAACAUACAGGACCAAGACGGCUCCACAGCGCUGAUGUGUGCCUGUGAGCACGGCCAUACUGAAAUAGCCAAGCUACUGCUAGAUAGACCUGAAUGUGACACUAGCCUGAAAGAUAAGAAUGGGCACACUGCACUGUCUGUGGCCAUCAAGUUCUCCCAUUCUGAGCUCGUCGACCUUCUGAAGGCCCACGCUGGAAAAGCUGGAACUUCACCUACUACAAGUCUUCUCUGAGGUUGCUUGUACACUUCCUCUGCAGUAGCAGCAGUACCUGCAUUCACCUUCCAGCUGCCUCAACCAGACAAACUGACCAGUGAGACUUACUUUUGAAGGGGAAAAAAAUGGACUUUCCAUAAUUUGGAAAAGCAACAGGCCAAGUUUUACAGUUCUCUGAAGUGCAGUUCAAUGUCAAAGCUCUUAACUUAAUGUGGAUGAAGCAUGGUACAUUGUUACAUGUUGUAUCCUGUUUUUCAAGUAUUAUUAUAUUUUUGUCAAGUAGAGAGCAUUAUACAUGAAUGUUAGUAUAGAGUCUAUCAAAUACACACUAUAUUUAUUUUAUAUUGCACCUUGCUAUACUGUUUUAUUUUCCUCUAAAAUAUACAAGGCCUGUCUGAAUAUAACCUGAUGAGCAAAAUUGUGUCUUCCAUCAUGAAGGUUGUCAGGUAAUGCUUUCAUGUUCAAAUGUAAAAGUUUUAUUUUAUAUUUGUUUUUAGCAUGAGGCCAAUAAAAUGCUAGGAUAGCUCCCAUACCAAAUACAUUCUUAAUAAAAUGCAACAGAAAACGUGAGGUCAAUGCUGGACUCUGCAAUGUGCUUCACACUGACUGGUCAGGUGUUAUACCGUAAAUUGGAUAUGCUGAGCUGAUGUAGAAUAGCCACAGGAAAUUUUAUAUUAAUUAGAAAGGUCUUUUUGAUGUCUUAUACAAAUCCUGGAUAUACAGUAUUGUGCAAAAGUCUUAGGCACAUGUAAAGAAAUGCUGGAGAUCAAAAAUGGCUUAAAAAUAAUUAAAUGAAAUGUUUCAACAUUAAGAAAAAAAUACUAUAAACAGCAGUAAGCCAUAAUAAAUGAAACAAAGUCAAUAUUUGGUGUGAGAUGACCCUUUGCUUUAAAAAAAAAAAGUAGUCUCAUGUCUAAUCAGUUGGUGGCACGGUGGUGUGGUGGUUAGCACUGUUGCCUCACAGCAAGAAGGUUCUGGGUUCAAGAGCGGCCGUGAGGGGCCUUUCUGUGUGGAGUUUGCAUGUUCUCCACGUGUCUGUGUGGGUUUCCUCCGGGUGCUCCGGUUUCCUCCACAGUCUAAAGACAUGCAGGUUAGGUUAACUGGUGACUCUAAAUUGACCGUAGGUGUGAAUGUGAGUGUGAAUGGUUGUCUGUGUCUGUGUAUCAGCCCUGUGAUGACCUGGCGACUUGUCCAGGGUGUACCCCGCCUUUCGCCCGUAGUCAGCUGGGAUAGGCUCCAGCUUGCCUGCAACCCUGUACGGGAUAAGCAGCUACAGAUAAUGGAUGGAUGGUACAAUGAGUGCAGUUUUAUAAGGAAAUGAGCUGUACAUUUUCCUGAGCAUCUUACAGAAGCAGCCACAGUUCUUCUGGACACUUUGACUGUCACACUUGCUUCUUAAUUUUGCACCAAAACCCAGCAGCCUUCAUUAUGUUUUCUUUUUUAAUCUGAAAAGUCCUCUCUUAUGUAAUAUGCUGCUCAGAUACAAACUUUUUUUUUUCCUGUAACAUUUAAUUUUGUGCUGGAAAACAAAUGUUUGGAACUCUAAAAUGUUUUUGUCCUGACUCGAUAAUGUAGAAGCCAUAAAAUAGAAAUCUAUAACAAAGUUUGUAUGAAAAAAGGGU